CAUUUAUUGCUAAAGUGAAAUGAUGUGAUGACAUGAGAGAAGUUCCUUUGUCCCUAAACUCGCGGGAGUUUCUCUCCUCAGUCCUCAAGGAGGGUCUGCGGCCUGACGCCCGAGAAGGAUAUGAUUACAGAGACAUCAAGAUCAGUUUUGGACCUCAGUGGGGUCACGCAGAGGUUUUACUAGGCAGGACUCGAGUAUUAGCUAGAGUAUCCACGGCGGUUGCAACACCUGCCCCAUCUCGCCCUAACGAAGGAGCUCUCUUCUUCAACGUUCAUCUGUCUCCCUUGUCUUCUAGCAAGUUCUCUGGCGCUCGAUCCGACUUCAGUACGGUAGUAACCCGUUUGCUGGAGCGCACCAUCAAGGAGACACGUGUUAUUGACACUGAGUGUUUGUGUAUUGUGGCUGGAGAAAAGGUUCUAAACCUCAGAGUGGACAUAACACUGCUAGAUUUUGCGGGUAAUGUUAUUGAUGCUAGUUGUAUCGCCGCCAUGACGGCCCUUUCACAUUUCAGACGCCCUGAUUUCAUCGUCAACGGAGAUGAGAUAACCGUGUUCAGUGAUAAGGACAGGGACCCCAUCCCCCUAUCAGUUCUACACGUUCCCAUUACUUGCACUAUUGGCUUCUCCGGAGAGAAGAUCCUUGUAGAUCCUGACGAUGAGGAGGAGAGUGUGAUGGAUGGUUACGUUUCCAUAGCAACCAACACUCAUCACGAGAUAUGUUACAUUUACUUAGGAGGUGGUGUCACACUGACCCCAGCUCUCGUAUCUAAAUGCUGCGAGAUAUCAUCUCUCAAAACCCAGGAGAUAUCAGCUCAAAUAACAAAGUCGCUGGAUGAAGAUUCCGCUCUAAGACGUAAAGCGGGCACCGACCGACCUUCCGCCAUCAGUUCGCUUACACUUCAAGAAAAAUUGGAUAGACUUUACGUGGAGGAUCGGACCAACAAACGGGAGAAUCUGGCAGCUGAAGACGGGAUUGAGAAUGCUACAUUUGGAAGUAUUACUAUCCGCUAUAUUGAUGAGUUGGACACCGUGGAUGAAGAUGGGGUGGCAGCCCUCUCUAGACCGGCCCCUGAGUCAGUUCAAAGUAUUCCUAACACCUCCCAAGAAGAGGAAUCUUUCCCUGGAUUCUAAUUGAUGACUAUCAGUCAUUGAUGUCACUAUCAGUUUUAGUUUUUAAUGUUGGAUUUUGUAUGUCUAUCACGCCAGUGAAAACAGAAAAGGGGUUAGGCAUAUUCUGGCAAGAUCUUUUUUAAAGUAUUGGGUUGAUUGAUACAACUGAGGAGCAAUUAUUAUUAUAAGCUUUUUAUUUUUAAACGCUAAUAUUUGUGGGGCUAGAAUUUGCAUUUUUGACGACAAGUACUAUUCUUCUAUUGAAGGUCAAAAUGAGUAAUAUAUCACUUCCGAUCUAAAAAAUCGAUGAACAAGUUUCUUUUGGUCGACUUGAACAAUGAUGAAUGACAAUCAACAAUGACUUGGGUAUUAUUCAUAAUUUUAGCUUAAUUUAUUAUCAUUUUAGCUUAAUUUAUUACUUUAUUACCACAAGUUUGGGCUUUCUCUUUUGUACUCUAUUACACUCGCCAGCGUGCUGUCACAAAAAACCGCUUUUAACCCGACAGCAGAUAAGUUAUGAGAUGUUUCUUCGCAUUUUUAUGUCAACAUACAUUUGAUGUUAAAGCUCGACCAUUUCUUUUUACAAUCAACUGUAUGUUUUAUUCAGAGAAUGCUAAUUUGUGGAUCAUUAUAUUUAUACUUAGACGAAUGUCAGCUCUUGGAAAACUA